CUCCUCUCCUCCACCACGCUCCCACCAUGUCCGGCCGUAUCCGCGAGGUGUGGGCCUCCAAUGUCGAGCUCGAGAUGGCGCACCUGCGCGACACCAUCGCGCGCUAUCCCUACGUCGCCAUGGACACCGAGUUCCCCGGCAUCGUCGCACGCCCCAUCGGCACAUUCAAGGGCUCGAGUGACUACCACUACCAGACGCUGCGCUGCAACGUCGACCUGCUCAAGCUCAUCCAGCUCGGCAUCACGCUCUGCGACGAGCAGGGCAACCUGCCGCCCGACGUCUGCACAUGGCAGUUCAACUUCCGCUUCAGCGUCAACGACGACAUGUGCGCGCCCGAGUCGCUCGACCUGCUCCACAAGGCAGGCCUCGACUUUGAGCGGCACGACAAGAUGGGCAUCGACGUCGAGCACUUUGGCGAGCUGCUCAUCACCAGCGGGCUUGCGCUCUUUGACGAUGUGCGAUGGGUCUCGUUCCACUCCGGCUACGACUUCGGCUACCUGCUCAAGGUCGUGACGUGCUCUCCGCUGCCGGCGCAAGAAGCCGACUUCUUCGCGCUGCUGCGCAUCUGGUUCCCGUGCAUCUACGACAUCAAGUACCUGAUGCGCUCGUGCAAGACGCUCAAGGGCGGCCUGCAGGACGUUGCCGACGACCUGCAGGUCAGCCGCAUCGGGCAGCAGCACCAGGCUGGCUCCGAUAGCCUGCUCACUGCGAGCACGUUCUUCAAGAUGCGUGCGAAGUACUUUGACGGCCUGAUCGACGACUCCAAGUACCUCGGCUGCCUGUACGGCUUCUCGGCGCACGCCAACCGCGCCAUCGUCGGCAGCGUCUCUUCUAUCCCAGCCACCGCGACGCACACGUCCGAGACGGGCAUGACGCCGUCCAAGCCAACAGCGAGCGACCGGCAUAGCAACAACACUUUCGCCAAGGCGCCCAUCGGCAGCCUCGGCGAGCGGUGACACGUCCGACAGACAUCGACUCUCUUGGUUCUCAGGUCGGGCGCGCAGAUCGCGGGUCAAAGUGUACUUCUAGCAUUCCAGUGUAAUUCCAGAGCGCUUCGCAGCAGAGGCUCG